UGUGUGGCAUAAAUGAACACUUGCUUUAUUUUCAAGAUGUUUUAUGUCGUUAUUGUUGAUUUUGUUCUCAGUGGAGUACUCGAUUGGAAAUAGCCAAAAAGGAUUGAUAAUAUCUUAAGGAAAAUGCUUGUUUUAGGCUUUUAAAGUAUCUUACAUCUCAAUAUAAUUUUUUAUAUGAUACAAUCUCCCUAAAGUGCAUUAUGGACGCCAGUUGAAAGUGCUGUAUCACCAUAUUACUCUAGUAUGCUUUCCUGUCCAUUGAUCUCUUAUUUUUCACAUCUGUGAAAUUCCUGUAUACUAAAAGAGUCCUCCAUUAGAGCUGUAAACACUGACUGCAUUUUUAAUGAUUAUGACAUGUCUAAAGUGCAUCUCUUUUUUAGCAAACACUUCCAUAAGUAUUUCUAACAUUAUAAAAUACCAUUCUUUCUCUCUUGUAUAAAACGUCCAUUAGGCUCUUGUCUUGUAAUAUGUAAAGUUUUCUGCAUUCCAGUAAGCUUAUUUCUUUUGUCUUAAACUCUGAAUUGCCUGCUGUUUAUCAAGUUUAUGCUAACUCAAUGUGUCUCGAUUUGUUAGGGCCAAAAUGGGGCAGUUAUGCAAGCUUGUACUGUUCAUUUUGGUUCUGAUGGCAGUGCUACACAAUUCAUCAGGAGGAACUAAAGGGUUUCAGAAAGGGAAGAACACCCCUUCCAAGAAGCCAUCCAAUAAGCCGUCACAAGAGACCAAGACCCAACCUAACUAUCCCAGACAACCCUCCUAUCCUGGUGCAGGAGGUAACCCAAGCUACCCUAACCAGCAGUACCCUGGUAGAGGCGGCUCCAUCCCAGGAGGCUAUCCCAACCAGAAUCCUGGAGCAGGUAGCUAUACAGCUGGAGGAAGCUAUCCUUCGGCUGGUGGUAGCCCCAAUCAGUAUCCGGGAAGAGGCAGCUCCAAUCCAGGAGGCUAUCCCAAGCAGAAUCCUGGAGGAGGUAGCUAUCCAGCUGGAGGAAGCUAUCCUUCGGCUGGUGGCAGCCCCAGUCAGUAUCCGGGAAGAGGCAGCUCCAAUCCAGGAGGCUAUCCCAACCAGAAUCCUGGAGCAGGUAGCUAUCCAGCUGGAGGAAGCUAUCCUUCGGCUGGUGGCAGCCCCAAUCAGUAUCCGGGAAAAGGCAGCUCCAAUCCAGGAGGCUAUCCCAACCAGAAUCCUGGAGCAGGUACUUAUCCAGCUGGUGGCAACCCCAAUCAAUAUCCGGGAAGGGGAGGUGUUAGCCCAGGAGGGUAUCCCAACCAGAAUCCUGGAGCAGGUACCUAUCCAGCUGGUGGCAACCCCAAUCAAUAUCCUGGAAGAGGUGUUAACCCUGGAGGGUAUCCCAACCAGAAUCCUGGAGCAGGGGGUUUCUCUAAUCAGUAUCCAGGUAGAAGUGGGUAUAGCCCUGGUGGGUAUCCAGCAGCUGGAUCUUAUCCAGUGAGAACUGCAGGGCAACCUGGAGGAUACCCAGGAGGACACCCUUCCGCUGGAGGGGGAUAUCCCAACUGGAACCCCAACAAUAAGAUUCUUAGUCCACGUUAUGGAGGCUCAUUUGGAGGUGGUGGAUUUGGCACGGGUGGUUCUCCUUUCUCCCAAACUGUGAAAGGAAGGGGCUAUGGUCCUUCCGUACAAUCCAAAGGCUUCGCAAAAAAGGCAAUGCUAGCUGCAGGUGUUGGUGCAAUGGCAGGAAUGGCUGUAGGGUAUGGAAUCGGAAACUUUCCACGCCCUAACUUCCAAUUUCGUAGCCCCCAGGAGGAACGCCACUACAACAACUAUAUGUACAAUCGUCCGGACACUCAUUCUAAAGGUGGAAACAACAAAGGAGGAACCAGCUACACAUCAAAGCUGCCACCCCAGGCUCAGUCAUAUGACCAAUUCAUGAACACAUGCAUGAAGCGAAGUGAUCUUUUAAAAGAGCAAAACAUGGAGGAUUCCGCAGUUCGCAACAACAUUCAAAGAGAUGAGCCACUGAUUGAUUAUCCAGGUAUGAAUGAAGACUACUUAGAGAAAGUUGAGCCAAAGAAUAAUACCAUAUUACCUACAACUGAUUAUCCAAAGGAUGCAGGGAUUCAUAAGGAUGAGGACAAGGACACAGUGAGUAUCGUACAGAUUGGCUAUCCAGCGCUUAUUGAGCAGAUGAUAGCUCGAAAGUGUGUCGAGCUGUACUUGAUUUACUCUGAGAGCUUCCAGGACAAACAGAAUGAAAGUUGGAAGGAAAAAAAGCAAGAAAAAAAAGCUCUCAGAAGUUCCAGUAACCAUAAUUGUAACCAUAGCCGUAUCUCUGAAGUUCUUCUGUUUCUCACGACUUCCUUUAUGCUUCUUAGAGGCACUUAGUAGCACUCUCUACGUUG